AUGUCUCUUCGUAUUGUUCCAGAUAGUCAUAUUGAAAGCGUCAGCACUUCGGAUAGCAGCCAUAAAGAAUUUGGGGUUCACGACACUUUGCGCAAUGGUAUACGUUCCAUUAAAACUGAAGUUCUUCCUGGACAUCCCCUCGAAAAUAGAUUGAGCCAGUGGGGAGAAACACAAUGGGAAUUAAAGUUGAAUUUAGCUCGUCAAGCCCAUGGCAUGCAUGCGCCUAUUAAAAUGAUGAUGGAAAGAAGCAUUGUUGAAAAGCGUCAGCGCUUACCUGUUCUUCCUUCGUCUAACUUACAUUUGAAUAUUUUACUCGGUAAAGACGAAACAAUCGAUUACGAAGACUUCCUUAAUGAUCCCACUAUGUCAACCGACAUGCUAGAUGUUCAUACAGCCAUGGAACAUAAACUGAACCUGAGAGUGUAA